CGGCGCGGCGCGGCCGGGCGCUCUUAAGGCGCCGGGGCCGGCGGUGGCGCGGGUGGCGGCGGCGAGUUGGGCCGGCAGCGGCGGGGACCGGCCUCAUGCACUGCACCAGAGUAUUAGACUACUUUCCUCACAAGCAAGCAAUGGCUGUGGAUGUAGCAAUGCAGCUGUACCUGUGCCCUUCGCCCUUGCGGAGAGAGAAGCGUGCCUGCAAAAUGGCUCCAAAGCCAAUCAAGCCGCUGCGACCCUGCAUCCAGCUGAACAGCAAGACUGUGCUGAGCGGGCCAGAAGAGGCACCAAACUCCUUUACAGAAAACAAGGUGAAGAAGAAGGUGUCAUUUGCAGAUAGCAGGGGCUUUGCUCUGACGAUGGUGAAGGUGUUCUCAGAGUUUGACGAUCCCCUAGAUAUUCCUUUCAAUAUCACUGAGCUGAUAGACAACAUCGUGGGGCUAACGACAGUGGAGAGAAACACCUUUGUCCUAGACUUCAUUCAGCCCUCUGUGGACUACUUGGACUUCAGGAACCGUCUUCAGGCAGACUGUGUGUGCCUUGAAAACUGCAUGCUCAAGGAGCGGUCUGUUGUGGGCACCGUGAAGGUGAAGAAUCUUGCUUUUGAAAAGACUGUGAGGAUCAGGAUGACAUUUGACACCUGGAAAAGCUUUGUAGACUACCCAUGCCAGUAUGUCAAGGAUAUGUACGAAGGGUCAGACAGGGACACGUUUUCCUUUGACAUCAGCUUGCCGGAGGGAAUUCAAUCCCAUGAAAGAGUGGAGUUUGCCAUCUCCUUUGAGUGUAAUGGGAAAGUGUACUGGGACAGCAACAAGGGCACAAAUUACAGGAUCAUACGGUCAGAACUGAAGUCUGCCCAGGAAGCGUUUCGCCCUUCAAGUGGCCCUGACUUCGGAAGCGCCUUUGAUCAGUUUGGGAGUCCCCGGUGCUCCUACGGCCUGUUUCCUGAGUGGCCGAGCUACUCGGGCUAUGAGAAGUUAGGGCCUUACUAUUAAUCUGAGGGCCAAGUCCUGACUAACUGUUGCCGGCAUGUCUGCAGGCCUGGGAGCUGGUCUGAACAUGAGGCGUGUCAAAAAGUGGAAGAAGUGAUGUUUCAUGUAGUCCUGCAGGAGCCUCCCAGCAAAAUGGGAUGAGCGUAGCACUCUGCUGGAGGUUGACUUAGGGUCAGGGAAGAGUCUCUGGCAUAGUGGGCUACCUUCCCCAUCUUAAGUCAGACCACUGGCUCUCCAGAUGCUCAAAGGAACAGGAGAUGCUGGUCCAUUCACUGCUGCUAGUCCUUCCUCUUCUGUGAAGCUGCUAGUCUCCAGAGAAACACAUGCCACAGCGCUUGUAUUGUCCAUCUAAGCUAUGUAGUGGUUGUUGGUUUGUCUGUUGCUUGCUAGUGUUAAAAAGCUUUUUUCUAAGUAUUUUCUAGUAUUUCUUUAGUAUGCUGCACUUCAGCUUUGUGGCAGAGCUCCUCCUGCAAAGCUGAGCUGUGCCUGUCAGGAUAUAAUAACUUAUAAACUGGUUUGCUUGUGGGGGACUGAGUCCUCUUCUCACACCCUUCCCUGUAGUGUGGGGUCCUCUCUGCUUGAGGUGGAAGAGGGGUUUUGGAAAUGAAAAUGCAAUUGUGAUGAUGGGAAAUGUGACCCUGUGGCCUGCCAUAUUAGGAGACAUGUGCCCCUGCAGGAGAAUGCGUGUAUAUGGUGUAUAGUCACCAGUUGUUCUAUCAGCUGAUCUUGAAAAGCUUUCAUCAUACCUUUGGUGUUAUCUAAAAACAGAGCUGAGCUAUAGAUGUGUGGUGCUCCUAACAGCUGUGGGUUGACAGCCUUGACUGUUUUCUUCAGAACCUUCCCUUUUUAAAUCAAAGUAACAGAUGAUGCUUUUGCCCUUGAUGCACAUCUGAAGUCAGCUGUUGGCCUUGCUUGGGUCCUGGAAAUGCAGUUCUCUCUCCCACAGACUGUAAAGCAGGGUCUUGCUCUGCCUGCAAUGGCUGGGGCCAGUGCAGAGAGCUGUGUCCAGGCAUCAUGGAAGUUAAACAUGAACAAACCACACAGCUGCUCUCUGCCAUGUCCCACUAAGAGAAGGCCACAGAACCUGCUGUUGUGGAAGUGACUCGACUGAGAAAGUGGUGGUACAUGCAAUCCCAGCAGUAGUUUGCCUGUUGAUCUCCAAGCCUCUUGUGUACUAGCUGAGCAGAAUAACUUAAUCCUCAUGGUCAAAGGGAGAGUGGUGAAUAGUUUGUAGAAACAGGUCAAGAGAAUAUAUUUUUCUUCUAGUGCAUAAGCUUUUUCUUUUGGGGGGGGGUGCCUGCAAUAGCCUCUGGAGGGGCUGGAGAGAAGCAAAGUACUAGACUACUUAACUUUUAAACUUAGCUUUUAAUUCUGGAGACUACUGUAUAAAAUACUUCUAAGCUGUUUUGCUCUAACUUAGGAGGUAUACUGAGCUCACUGUUGGAUACUGAAAGGACAAGAAGAGCCUGCAGGAAGAAUGGCUAGCCUUCAAUUGCUGCUUUCUUUUUUUUUUUUUUUUCUCCUUCUCUUCUCUCCUCUAAGCCCAACAUCAGUGUAUCUUAUCACUGUGCUUGAUCAAAUUCCAGGCAGCAAAUUUACUUGCUAGCCCAGUGCUCAUCAGGCUUGAUAUCUCUGUUCAAACAGCUUCCUGCAUCCUCUAACAUGGUCUCUCUUGAGGGACCACUGCCUAGCUUGGCUUGAAGCUGUUUUUAGACUUAAAGCAAAUAUGAGUGAUACUGAUCUAGGAUUUAGUGUGUGAUGUUAAUGCUCUAAAACACUGACGGCAGAAGAGCUGCGUUCUCCUAGCAUGUGCUCGCGCCUGGGGAAGGCUGGUGGUGGUCUGAAGGGAGGCAUGCAUGUCCAGGGUGCUGUGGAUGGUGGAAUCUCCUUUGGGGCCUGUGUGUUUUCAGGCCGUGGAAGUGGUGUGCUUAGGGAAGAGUAUGGAAUAUAAGCUAGAAGAGCAAUACCAUAAGUAAAAGAUGGCUUGGAACUGACUAUCUGACCAAUAGUGGUUUAAAAUUACUACUUGUGGCCUUUCCCCUUCUCCCUUUUUCCAUUGCUAAUGUGAAUGUAGAAGUGAGGGGUUGCUCCCCUCACUCUAUGCCUGGAAGUGCCUUGUGGGGUUUUCUGCAUGUUUGUUUUUAAAAGAUAUUUUUGUACACAACACUCAAGUCAAAAAUGCACUUUAUAAUCGCAGUGUAAUGACUCUUUUAAAACUGUGGUUCUGUUUUUAUCUGAUUGUUAAAAUAAAGAUGGAACAAAACA